UAUUCCCGGAACUGCAAUAUAUUUGUUAGAGUCGCUGCUGGUGCUUUCUGAGAAGACAAAAUUAUUACUGGGAUUUAAGUUUGUGUAAAUUGGCAUUUAAAGCAGUAAAACAGUCUUGUUAUGGGUGGUUACGGUGUAAUGGCAAACGAGGAAUCAUUGGAUUAUUCAGUGCAUGAAGCGUGGAAUGAAGCUACCAAUGUUUACCUGCUAGUUAUUCUGGUCAGCUUCGCCCUGCUGAUGUACGCCAGAAAAAAUAAGAGGAAGAUUAUGCGUAUAUUUACACUGCCACCAACAGUCGGAACCACAGCAGAACCCAACUUCUACGACAGCCUGCAAAAAGUCCGGCUAAGACAACAACUGGAAAUGUAUUCAAUUGCUAGAAAAUACGAUCAGCAGCACCAGCAGCCGGACAGUGUGCAGCUGUCAAUGGAGUGAUCUCGCUGUAGAGGGCGCUCUUUACACACCAAUGGUACAAAUGUGAAGGACGGCGGCGUGGGCCAAAUUUGAACAGAUGUGCCACAACUCUACGGAGACUGAGAAGUGGACCGUGUUGUUUUAAGUACAAGGGGUUAUUAGUAUUUACGUUUUAUUUGGAAAAACUGGUUUAUUCACAUUCAUUUAUUCAAAAAUUUGGGGAUAUAGGUGGCACUCUUCUGUUAAAGCAACUUUUGUGAUGUGUUAUUUGCAUCAGUGGACUAUGAAACCGAUCACCCAUCUGGUCUUGGCAUACGUUCAUUAUUUUGUUUAGUGCACUAAAUCUAGAUGUCAUCUAUGUAUUGUGCCACAUAGAUUUACAUCCAAACAUUAAGAUAACAGUCACAUGUGAAUUUAAACAGUACUACUAAAUGCUAAAUAAUCUGGUCAGCAUAAAGUUGCUGAAAAAAAAACAGCACAUGUGAUAAAUUCACCGCUGACUCCAUGCACACUUGGUGUAUACCUCUCCAGGGCUGUAGAAAAUAUCUUAUAUUGCCCUCUAGUGUUAGCUUGUAUACAUGUCAGUAGUUCACCGUGACCUGACAGUCUGUUUAAUCAGUCUGCCGAAAUAUUGAAAACUUUACUUUAUAUAAACAUUAGACCGUGAUAAGCCUGGAUUCGGCAUUAUGUUUUUGAAUGUCCAGUUUUUUGUGACAGUAGGUCAGUUUGCCUCUUUAAUAGAAAAAUGACCUGUUUAUUUUCAGUAUACAGUGCUUUUUUGCAAUGUUGAAUUGACCACAGAAAACUGAGAAAUUAUUAAAUAUAUAGCAUAAUGGAAUACAAAGUAUUAUUGCAAACUUUUUUGUCCUCAUAACUAGAUUAUAAUCUAUUGUAGAUGUUUGUAUGUACUUUUUCUUCUAAUCUAGAUUAGUAAUGAUAAAAACAGAUGUCAUAUUACACUAGACAUGCCUUUCCAUCUAACACAGAAAUGGCCCUUAAAAGAAGAAAAAAUAUAUAAAAGUAGGAGUUUGACAUGACAUAAAGAAUUUGCAAUAAUACAUUGAAAAAAGCAUAGAGAAAUUAUAGCGACAUUAGUAAAUGCACCCCACACCAUAUUUCUGUUCAUUUUUUUUGUACAGUAUAUCAAAAUUCCUCUAGUGCUUCUCUUUAGUGAGAUUUCUUUUUAUUUUAAUAAAAAAAUUGCAUUAAAGAAAAGACCAGAGAUUCAUAGAAAAAGUUUUUUUUAAGAAGCAUAAGCAACUGCAUAGAACUGAACUAAAAUCAGUCAGAAGACCUUAGCGGCCACUUAAAACAUAGUGGCAGGUGUCCACAACCCGCUUGCAUAGUGUUGGUGACUUUUUGUGUGUGUGUGCCUGAAGUUUUCAGAUAUUGUAAAAUUGUCUUUAUUCUUGUUUCGUAUUAUUAAAAAGUGUGAUAAAUGAGUCCAAGUGUUACGGACGUGUGAAAUCAGAAAGAUGGAUCGAGAAAUAAAAAGUGAAAAGGUGUGAGAGAGAGAUUCACUCUUUUGUUAUCA